AUGGAGUCGCUCAAGGCCGCGCUCGAGCAAAUCAUCCUCGAUCCGAGAUACCAUGACCUGCUGUCGCUCGUCAAGACGGCGCGCAACGGAGCCGUCUACGGCGCCAAGGUCCGCUUUCCACAUGCGCUCGUCAUGGUCUUUCUAUUUCGAUCCGGAACCUUCCGACAAAAAUGCCAGCUCGUCUUUCGCGCCACCAAAAAGCACGCCUCCAACCUGGCACGCUUCGCCACCAUCUACAAGCUCGUCCUACUAGCUCUAAAACACUACGGUCCCACGCCUGGCAAAGAGGGCCCCUACGACUCCUUCUUCGCCGGCCUCGUCGGCGGCUACUUUGUCUUUGGCCAGCGCUCCCCGCGCACCGGCAAGAUUUCCAGCGUCAGCCAGCAAAUCGUCAUUUAUAUCUUUGCCCGCGUCUGCCUCGGGCUCGCCAAGAUUGCCGUCAAGCCCGGCGCCACGCCGCUGCCCUGGGUCGCCGACGAGCCGCUGCGGUCGCGCAUCAAUAGCGCCGCGUGGCCCGUCUUUGCGGCGCUGUCGUGGGGCACCGUCAUGCUGCUGUUCAAGUACCACCCGGACGAGCUGCAGAGCAGCUUGCGGAGCAGCAUGACGUACAUUUACAAGGACUGCGACAGCUGGGAAUCGCUGCGGACGCUGGUCUGGCAUAACAAAUAG